UCAGAGGCCGUUUACAGGUCGUGUUUUGGUUCGCUCAUCAUAAGCAAUGGCUUCUCUACUUUGGUUAACGGGUAGGCGUUUGUCUCGACUCGUUUCUCCGUUCGCUCAGGUUGUGCGGCGGCCGGUACUGCAGUAUGUGUCGGCUCCAGCGCGGUCGGUUCACCGGGGGAGUGUGCGGCGUGCGGCGGCGGAGAAAACCCCGCUGAGCCGAACACGAUUAUUACCGGAGCAACAGCACAUCACUGAACUAGAUAAAGCCGACGCGCUGAUGCUGCGGAAGUCUCAUGAAACAGGAUUUUUGUCCUGGUUUCGGAAUGGUUUGCUGGCGACAGGGAUUGGAGUUAUUGCCUUUGUACAGAGUGAUGUGGGCAGAGAGGCUGGAUAUGUGUUCUUCAUCCUGGGCGGAGUGUGCGUGUCGUUCGGUGGCGCGUCAUACGUUGGCAGUCUUCUGACUUUACGGAGGAUCAUGCUGCUUUCUCUGCCCGCUGUGCUGCUUCAUACGGCUGUGGUGUCCAGUGCUGCCCUGUUAUGGCUGUGUGCAGUAUCGCUCUACAUCGGCCGCCUGGAGGUGGAAAUUAUUCAUGAUGAGGAUGAGGAUGAGCAUGGAGGAGAUGAAGGUGGGGAGUGUGCCGACUGCAGGGCGCGACGCGAGAGACGUGGUGCUGAAGAAAAAGGCCAAGAGAAGUGAGAGAAGAGGAGAAUAUGAUUCGAAAUAACCUAUACUGUAUACACUGACCUUGGAUCCGUCAGUCAGACCAUGAGCUGAUUAAUCUGCUUUAAAGGAACAGUUCAUCCUUAAAUGAAAAUUCUGGCAUCAUUUAUUCAUGUUGUUUCAAAACCUGUAUGACAUUCUUUCUUCAGUGGAACACAAAAGGAAUGUUAGACAGCCUCAGUAACCAUUCACUUUCAUAGCAUCUGUUUUCUGUUCAAUGAAAGCCUUUUGUGUUCCACGGAAGUAAGUCAUACAGGUAUGUAUGAGUAAAUGACGACAGAUUUUAUUUGAUUUUUGAAUUUUUUGGUGAACUGUUCCUUUAAUAGAAAAGGCAGAACUGCUUUCGGGUCCAUGUAGAGUGGCGGCUUCUACCAACAUUAUUUUGCAGAGUUUUUUUGUUUGUUAUACUCUAAAAUAUGGGCUGUCCUUCUGGUUACAAAAGGAUCAAGUGCACAUUUUUCCUUUGUAACAUUAUUUUUUUGUUUGGAGGAUAUGAAUGCAGGAAUAUGAAAACAAAAGAGUUUAAAUGUAAACUUUAAACAUGCAUUGCAAAAACAAUAAACAAAUUAUGUAUCAAUAUAUUUGUCUUAUUUUCCAGUAAAAAUAUCUAUACAAGAUAAAUUAGCUUUUUUUUAAAUCCUACUACUUUCACUCAAAAUUGUAGCAAAAAAUAAAUAAAUACAAGUAAUUAGAAUUGUUUUUAGAGAAUAUAUCUUGAAUUAUGUUUAUUUUUCUAACCCCACUGGCAAACAUUAUUAUUAUUUUUUUUAAUUUCAAGCCUAAACUGCACUAAAGCUCAAAACACUGUGCCAAAGGGGUACGAAAAAUGACCUGAAUUCAAAAUAUUUUCUCUGAAAACUAAGUAAAUAUGUCUUGUUUUUUUUUCCGAGAUAAUUUUACUGGAAAAGACAAGAAUACGGAUUGAGAAAAUUAUGAUUUACUUGUUUCUUUUUAUUUCUUUACAGUACUGGGAAUCACUUGUGUAUAACAACCAAGUCUUUAGCCAUCAGUCUUGGCUGUCAAACUGUUGGGCAAGUUCACAGUUUUUAUUAAGCGAAAUGCUCCACAAUGCUCUGACAAUAACAGUUUUAUAAUCUUAGGCUACGUCCACACUUAAUUUAUUUUGAUUUUUUUCUGAAAACGCAUUGAGUUUGCUAUGUUUAUGCCUCUCAUCCAUAAUGAAAUUACAUUUACCUUAAGCGAAAAUUUAGGUUUUCAAAAAAAGCUAAAAUGUGGCCUUACACACCUUUUCAUGUAGAACUUGUUUGUUCAACAAGCAUAUCUGUAAAAUGCCUCCAAGCAAGCUAAUUUCCAUUUGUUUAAGCCCUGAUUAGGUUGAGAUUUAGUUGAAAGUAAUUUACUCAUGUCUGUCACAAUUCAGUUCUGUUUGUCCACGCUAGUGGACGCAGUUGUACUUGGUACAAUAAUGCCUUUCAGAUUUGAUUGGAAGAGACAGCAUUGUCCAUUGAACUACAAUAUGCUUAGAAUAGACUUCUAGUCAUCUUUAUCUCCUAGCUUUUAUAGUUUCCUCUCAACAGAGGUAUCAGUGCAUAACAAUCUUUGCUCAUUUUUAUGCAUGAAUCCAAAGUCCAGAUAUUAUUAGAACUGUUUUUGAGCACACAUGUGCUCAUACACUGACUCACUCUAUGGGAGUGUCUGGUUGGAGUGUUUGCACUCCGGUGUAUGUUUACUUUACAUUUAAUCAGUUUUUAGAAUCGCUGAAAUGUAUUACUUCUCCAUGCUGGUUAGUUUUUCUCUUUAAAGCAAUACAACAAUUGUUGGGAUACAAGAAGGAAUAGUCCAAUUAUGUUUUAAAAUGUCCUAUUCCUGAUUAAAUAGCAUUUGCAUUAAUGCAGAUGAAGCAGUUGCAUUAUUGAACGCUCAUAUUUUCCAUCUGCUUGUGUGGAAAAUAUUUCAGUGGUGAAAUGCUCCGGGUUCAAAACAGAUAAAGUUGCAUCAACAGCAUCUGUGACAUGAUUUCGAUUAACAAAGAUUAUAAUGUUAACUUGUCCUUCAGUUAAAAGCAAAAACAGACAUUUUUAAACCUAAUUCAUUUCCAUUGUAAGUGUCUUACUGUAACCACGAUUUUUUCUUGUUUUCUUUUUUUAUAAAUGGGGGAAGAGUCAAAAUUCUUUUCUGUGGUAAAAAACAUUAUGCCACAAAUGCUGAUCAUUGAGCUUAAAUUGUUUUGAACCAGGAAUAUUCCAUAAAGCUCCUUCAAACAUCAGAUAAAAAUGCAUAAUUUUGUGCUAUUUUGUUAAAGGAAUAGUUCACCCAAAAAUGAAAAUUCUCUCAUGAUUUACUCACCCUCAUGCCAUCCCAGAUGUGUAUGACUCUUUUUUGCUUCUGCAGAACACAAAGAUUUAUAGAAGAAUAUUUCAGCUCUGUAGGUCCUCACAAUGCAAGUGAAUUGUGAUCAGAACUUUGAAGCUCAAAAAAACAUAUAAACACAGCCUAAAAGUAAUCCAUACGACUCCAGUGUUUUAAUCCAUGUCUUCAGAAGUGAUAUGAUAGGUGUGGGUAAGAAACAGACUUCUUCUUAUGAUUCACAUUCUUUGUGCAUAUCGCCACCUACUGGGCAGGGAGGAGAAUUUAUAGUAAAGAAGGACUUAAAUAUUAAACUGUUUCUCACCCACACCUAUCAUAUUGCUUCUGAAGACAUGGAUUUAACCACUGGUUGUAUGGAUUACUUUUAUGCUGCCUUUAUGUGCUUUUUGGAGCUUCAAAGUUCUGAUUAACAUUCACUUGUAUGGACUUACAGAGCUGAGAUAUUUUUCUAAAAGUCUGUGUUCUGCAGAAGAAAGAAAGUCAUACACAUCUGGGAUGACAUGAGGGUGAGUAAAUCAUGAGAGAAUUUUCAGUUUUGGGUGAACUAUUCCUUUAACUGUUGGGGGUUAAUGAAUUAAAACUGUGAAAUUGCAGUAACAAAAAGUUGGUUAAAUAGUACAAAGUUAAACAACAAAACGUGAGUGCAAGUUGUGUGAGAUAUCAAGGGCAGGUGGUCUCUGGAGGGAGAGAUUCAUCGUAAACAGACAGCCAUGUUGAUCUGUAUGCACGCAAGGUUUCUUAAUAGCGUGUGGGGACUCGAAACAUGCGCAUCGGUUCUUUCAUUUGUCAUUCCUCUUCUGUUUGUACACCUUCAAAGGGCUGUUUAUUUAUUUGAUUAUAUAUUUUAAUUAUUGUCAUCCAAAAGAUUUGUUUUGUUGUUGAUUUCUUGUCACAGUUGCUGUUGUUAUCAAAGACCUUGAAUGAAUCCUCAGAGAAAUUAUAGCACUUAUCUGUCGGCAUAUAAAUGGAUUUAGGGGAUGUUGGUCGUGUUUUGUAAAUUCUGAAACACAUUUAGAAUUUUGUCUGGUUUUCUUGUUUCACGGGUCUUUGGUAAGACGUGAAGAGGCAAGUGAUUGUCUUUACCUUGUGACUUCUGAAUCUAAAGUCUUAUUGGCUGAAGAGACUUUCACACUUGCACCUCUGUCAUAUAUUAUAUCAGCUAUUUUUCUUUGUGUGACUUUUUUCACGUGUAUUUCUAUGUUACUGUGUAAUGCAAAACCAUUCUAUAAAAUCCAUCACUUUUUUAAACC